GGUGGCGGCGGCGGAGCCUUCUACCCUGUGCCGCCACCACCACUGCCCCCGCCCCCACCCCAGUGCCGACCCUUCCUCGGGUCGGAUUCUCGCGAGCGCCCGCGACCGCCUCCCCCGGGCCUGGAGCCGCCCUGGAAUCCGCGCUGGCCUGAGGCGCUGCCGCCGUCCGAUGUGCUCGGGGAGGCGGCCCUGCAGCGCCUGCGCGACCGUCAGUGGCUGGAUGCGGUGUUCGGAACCCAGCGGCGGGCUGGCUGCCCAGCGCCUCCACGCGCGCCCAUUGGGCCUACUCUAGGCGAAGUUCGUUCCCGCUUGCGCGCCUCCCUGCGCCUGGUGCGGAGGCUGCGGAGCCUGGGCCGGGCCCUGCGCGAGGCCGAAGCAGACGGCGCAGCCUGGACCCUACUCUAUGGCCAGGCCGCACCACUGCGCGCAGAACUGGCCGAGAGGCUACAGCCUCUGACUCAGGCGGCCUACGUGGGCGAGGUGCGGCGGAGACUGGAGAGGGUCCGGCGCCGCCGGCUGCGGCUUCGGGAACGGUCCCGGGAACGCGAGACCGAGCGGGAGACGGAGGCCGCGCGGGCGGUGGAACGUGAGCAGGAAAUUGAUCGUUGGAGGGUCAAGUGUGUGCAGGAGGUGGAGGAGAAGAAGCGGGAGCAGGAACUCAAAGCUGCUGCUGAUGGCGUUUUAUCUGAAGUGAGGAAAAAGCAAGCAGAUACCAAAAAAAUGGUGGACCUCCUUCGGGCUUUGGAGAAAUUAAGGAAGCUGAGAAAAGAGGCUGCAGCAAGGAAAGGGGUCUGUCCUCCAGCCUCAGCAGAUGAGACUUUUGAGCAUCAUCUGCAGCGCCUAAGAAAACUCAUAAAAAAGCGUUCUGAACUGUAUGAAGCUGAAGAGAGAGCCCUUCGAGUUAUGCUGGAAGGAGAGCAAGAGGAAGAGAGGAAAAGAGAAUUGGAAAAAAAACAAAGAAAAGAAAAGGAGAAAAUUUUACUUCAGAAGCGUGAAAAUGAAUCCAAGUUGUUUGGGGAUCCAGAUGAGUUCCCACUUGCUCACCUCCUACAGCCUUUCCGACAGUAUUACCUCCAAGCUGAACACUCACUGCCAGCGCUCAUCCAAAUAAGGCAUGAUUGGGAUCAGUACCUGGUGCCAUCUGAUCAUCCCAAAGGCAACUCCGUUCCCCAAGGAUGGGUCCUUCCUCCGCUCCCCAGCAACGACAUCUGGGCAACCGCCAUUAAACUACAUUAG